AUGGUGGCCAUUAAAGAAGCUGAAAUCCCAUCACAGUCCACUGAACCCGCACCAAAGAUCGCCUUCAUAUCCGGCCACAUCGACAUCACACCGGACCAAUUCCACCAACACUACUCCUCGCCCCUCGAAACCUCCGUCGCCGCAAACCACAACUUCAUCCUCUCCACAGCCAAAGGAACCGACACCCUCGCCCUCGAACACCUCCUCUCCCACGACGUCGCCCCCUCACGCAUCACAGUCUACAUCGCACGGCCCACUAACCCGCGGAAGGGAGGUCCUGUCGAUGUGGAGAAGUACACGGCGAGAGGGCUGAGGGUUGAGGUUGUUGAUGGGUGGCAUACGGAGAGGGAUGCGGAGAUGACGAGGGUUUCGGAUUAUGAUGUUCUUUGGGUGAGGCCGGAGGAGGAGACGAGGGUGCUUUAUGGGGAAAAGUAUCGGGCUGGGAGGAUCAGUGGGACGAGGAAGAAUGAGGAGAGGAGGGAGAGGUUGUUGGGGAGGGGGCGAGAAGCUGGGAGGUGA